AUGUCGGAUUAUCCAAGCAGUAGCGGAGAAGAUUUAUCCCUCCCAAAGGCCACGGCUCAGAAGAUCAUAGGGGAAAUAUUACCUAAAGAUAUUGCAAUUUCCAAAGAAGCCAGAGAAGCCAUAACAGAAUGCAGUAUAGAAUUUAUAAUGAUUUUAUCUACGCAGCUGAAUGAUAUAGCGGAAAAAGAAGCUAAGAAAACCAUAGCAUCGGAUCACGUUGUGAAAGCAUUGGAGGAAUUGGGUUUCCACAAUUACCUCGAGAUUAUUAACAGAAUCUUAGAUGAACAUAAAGAGCUUUUGAAGGGAAAAGAAAAGAAGAACAACAAGUUCCAAAAUUCUGGGUUAACUGAAGAGGAAUUGUUAAAGCAACAAGAGGAAUUAUUCAAGAAAUCGAGAGACCGGUUACACAGCACCGGUGGUGAGGUAAAAAAUGAGUCUUAA